AUGCUGUACCGAGGACUCCGGCUUGCGGCCCGUACCGCCCCCAGACUCGCGCUCUCCAACACGAGCUCAGCACUACGCCAACUUCCCGUGCAGUUCCAACAUGUGCGGACCUAUGCCGACAAGAUCGUCAAGGUGCCGACAAUGGCCGAGUCGAUCAGCGAAGGCACUUUAAAACAGUGGAACAAAUCUAUUGGCGACUUCGUCGAGCAAGAUGAGGAGAUUGCGACAAUCGAGACCGACAAGAUCGAUGUUGCUGUCAACGCCCCAGAAGCUGGUGUCAUCAAGGAGUACUUUGCAAAUGAGGAGGAUACCGUCACCGUCGGCCAGGAUCUGGCACGCAUCGAGCUCGGCGGGGCGCCGUCAGGUGAUAAACCAACCGCGACGGAGUCAAAGGAGUCACCCAAAGAGGCCACACCCGAGGCUCAGCCGGAACAAGAUAAGGCCCCGGAACCCAAAGCGCAGGAGACGAAGCCAACUGCGCCACCCGUUUCCCCGAAGGAAGAAUCUACCACGACGAAACAGCCGAGCAAACCCGCAAAGGCAGCCACCGAGGGCCCCGCCACGCUGGGCAGCCGGGAUGAAAGGAGGGUCAAGAUGAACCGGAUGCGCCUCCGCAUCGCGGAGCGCCUCAAGCAGUCCCAGAACACAGCGGCGUCGCUGACUACCUUCAACGAAGUCGACAUGUCGGCGCUAAUGGAGUUCCGCAGCAAGUACAAGGAUGAAGUCCUGAAGAAAACGGGCGUGAAGCUGGGUUUCAUGAGCGCUUUCUCCCGUGCUUGCGUGCUCGCCAUGCGCGAUAUCCCGGUCGUCAACGCGUCGAUUGAGGGUCCCAACGGUGGCGACACCAUUGUCUACAGGGACUACGUUGACAUCAGCGUUGCCGUCGCAACCGAGAAGGGUCUUGUCACGCCAGUUGUGCGUAAUGUCGAGUCUCUAGACCUGAUUGACAUCGAGAAGUCCAUCGCCGACAUGGGCAAAAAGGCUCGUGACGGCAAGCUCACGAUUGAGGACAUGGCUGGCGGCACUUUUACCAUCAGCAACGGGGGUGUAUUCGGCUCUCUGCUAGGAACCCCCAUUAUCAACCUUCCCCAAAGCGCCGUCCUCGGUCUUCACGCCAUCAAAGACCGCGCUGUCGCUAUCAAUGGCAAGGCGGAAGUGCGGCCCAUGAUGUACAUUGCACUCACGUAUGACCACCGCCUGCUAGAUGGCAGAGAGGCCACCCAGUUCCUGGUCAAAAUCAAGGAGUACAUUGAAGACCCCCGCAAGAUGCUUCUUUAA